AAUGAGUCUUGUUUCUGCCCCAAAAAAUUUGAAAACUCAUCUUUUCAAUUUAAUUGAAUAGAAUAAGACAUAAGAAUUAAUCUAAUUCAUAGAAAAUCAUAGAGAUUAUAUUUAAAGUCUUGUUGCUCCAAAUUAUUGGACACUUGGAAUGUAUGCAGUCAGAUAUAGCAAUCACGAACUUAUGAAAUAUUUAUAUAAAAAAGAUCUAUUGCUUGAACAUCCAUUAUCUUAAUAUACAUUAUUAUCAACUGCCUUUUUAAAUAAUGAUUUUGAGAGCUUUAAAUUAUUAUGCGAUGAAUUCGGAAAAGUAAAUUGACUUGUAAUCUUUAGGACAUUAACAAACCUGUGCAUCAAUUCUAAGAUUAAACAUUUUUAUAAUAUGCUAUCAAAUACAAUUAAAAUGAAUUUGUAGAAAUAUUAUGCUCUAGAGGAGCUUAUUUUAUUAUAGAAAGAACAUCUUCUUCAUUAAUUGAUUGUUAUGCCAAUAAUCUUAAAGUAGAAUAAGAUUAAAUAGGAGUCAAGUUUAAAAGUUACAGUGAUAAUAGAGAUGUAGCUUAAAGUUCAAUUUUAUAAUUGAAAAGAGAUAAACUUACUCCUACUCAUUAUUUUCGAUUCAAAAAUAUCUUAUUACUAUAAUAUCUAAUACAAAUUAAGUAAUUGUAAACUCCUGAAGGAUAUGGAGACUUUUAAUUAAAUUUUAAUAGAAUACUAGAGUAUACAGCACCUAGUAAUAUUUUGGAUUGA